AUGGACGAGGCGGGAGAGCGGUUAGUGGCUGAAUGCGACAAGUUGUACCACAACAUGGACAAGGCCAACAGCAAGAAGUCGAAGCACAAGAAAACCGUUCUUCAACUCCACGAGAAGCUGCGUCGUGCACUCAAACAAGUAGUGGGGCCCCAGGCCGACCAGAAAAAGCUAUGUCGCGCGCUCAAGCAGGUAUCGUGGCUUCAGGACGAACUGGGAGAGGCGCAGGGUUCUCUAUCCGCCCGAUCCGCUGAGUGUGAUCAAUUGCGUCGCAUCUUAUCGGAUCGUGACGUUACGUUGGACCAGAUGAGAGUUCAGCUCGCGGACGCGGCUUUCGAACGUGAUCGCGCAAUACGAGACCACACGACCCUUCGAGAUCGCAUGGCGUUGCUGGUGUCUGGGGAUACUUCAGCCACACCUACGAAGGUGGGAUCGUCUACCCACACGCCCGUUCCCGCGCCUCCUCAGCCGAUGUCGAACGGUUUAGGAUUGUGUCGCAAACGAUUUUGCGAUCCCCUACCAUCGUCAACUUUGCCGCCUUUCUGGAAAGUGACUCGACCCGCUGCGUCAAAAGUUAAGCCAUCCCUACUUUGCGUUUCCAAGGUGGCACGAUCCGCUGCUGCUAAAGCCAAGCCGUCCCGAGUUCGUGAUCCCAAGCCUCCAUCCGCUCCUCCAUCCGCUCCCAAGGGAGUCUGCGAUCCUAAGGGUCGUCGCGAUCUCAUGAAUCGUCAUGAUCCAGCGAAGCCUGCAGCUACCUCGAAACUAGGCAAGCAGAGGCGCCGUGGUCCAGGCUUAACCUUGUCUAAGGGGGAGGAUACAUCGGCAGGUGAGGAUAAUACUUUAGCGGCUUUAUCCGGUUCGCGAUCCUCCAGUCGUCUUCGAGCGUCCACUCCGGCGGCACAAACUUCGGCUGGGCCUUCUCCGGAUCCGAUCGUCAUAGACACGCCGAGCUCUUCGCGCGAUCCUCCACCUCCGGUUGAUACUGUUAUUCCUACCGUGACCAAGUUAUCUCGCGCAGACCUUUUCGGAGAAGCGUCCAGCGACUCGGAUGGUGCCAUCAGCCUUUUCGAUUCCCUGAAUCCAAUGUUAUCCCAAGCGGGUUAUGAUAGCUUGCCCCCUACCAAUGUCUCUCGCGACCAGUGGAUCCCUGGAUAUCGAGAUCGCGUACCGCGAUCGUUCGCUCAGGUUUCUCCCUGGUUGGCACGCAAGGUCAGUUGGACGAGCGUUGCGGAGAUGGACACUGACUUUUUGUACCGCCACUUAUCUUGUCCUAAAGGCUAUGUCUUCCCGACGGUAAUGGUGGCCAAGUGUCCUCCUUCCACAUCUGAGUGGACAUUUCGGCUGGCGUGUUCGGCACAGAUCGCGGCCUUACACGUCCAAAAACCUUGGGAGACAGCCACACGUUGGAUUGCGCCGAUCUCCUUCCCUCGUACUGGCUGGUUCGACCAGCUCGCCUCUCUAUACUUGGAGUUCGAGGAUCGAAACCGAUAG